CGCAUUCCCGGCCGCAUCCCCAGCCAAGCUCCCGAGCGCCGGCCAUUUUCCAGGCGGGCCGCGAUCUGCCAAGCGCUACCUUAAGAAAAGUUGCGCCGGGCCACAUGCGAGGAAGCGGGCGGGGGUGUGUGCCUGGCCCCGGCCCAGGGCGCCGCGCCAGCCCGGCCUCGACGCCCGCGCCCGCAGGUGUCCGGACGCCUCUCCUCCGAGCCAGCCGUGGCACCGACACCUCCCGCAAAUGCUCAGCUUCUUCUGGCUGAGGUGCCUCUUAAAAAUGGUCAAGGGGAAUGUUAUAGUCCCUGAAGACAUCUUGAGCUUCUGUUGCAAUGGCCUCCAGGGCUCGACCUCUGCACCCCGUGCCCGGGAGCCAGGGGAGCAGGAGGAGGCACGGGGGGCCAUGGCGAGCGCCCCGGCUGCCCGCAACCCCACCGAGGUGCAGAUGAGCCAGCUGGUGCAGCCCUGCCACACCAACCACCGCGGGGAGCUCAGCACCGGCCAGCUGCUCAAGUGGAUCGACACGGCCGCCUGCCUCUCCGCCGAGAGACACGCCGGCUGCCCGUGCGUCACGGCUUCCAUGGACGACAUCUAUUUUGAGCACACCAUUAGCGUCGGGCAAGUUGUCAACAUCAAAGCCAAAGUGAACCGAGCCUUUAACUCCAGCAUGGAGGUGGGCAUCCAGGUGAACUAUGAGGACCUGUGCAGCGGGAAGCACUGCAGCAUCUGCAAGGCGUACGCCACCUUCGUGGCACAGGGCCCCAUGGGCAGCAAGGUGAGGCUGGAGCCUGUGAUCCCACAGACAGAGGAGGAGAAGAUCGAGUACAGCAUCGCCGCCGAGCGCCGCCGCAUGCGCCUGGUGCACAAGGACACCCUCAAGGACCUGCUCACCAGCAGCCCCCAGGAAACUGAGCUGGAGACGCGGGACGGCAGCGGGGCAGUGCCGGCGGAAAGGACGCGCGUGGAGAGCGUGGAGCUGGUGCUGCCUCCCCACGCCAACCACCAGGGCAACACCUUCGGGGGGCAGAUCAUGGCCUGGAUGGAGAACGUGGCCACCAUCGCAGCCAGCCGUCUGUGCCAUGGCUACCCCACGCUGAGGGCCAUCGAGAUGUUCCACUUCCGGGGCCCGUCGCAAGUUGGGGACCGCCUGGUGCUCAAAGCCAUCGUCAACAACGCCUUCAAGAACAGCAUGGAGGUGGGGGUGAGCGCCGAGGCCUACGGGCAGGAGAUGUCUGUGAGCCGCCGGCACAUCAACAGCGCCUUCAUGACCUUCGUGGUGCUGGACCAUCAGGGCCAGCCCCGCACGCUGCCCAUGGUGGCACCCGAGCCGGGGGAUGGAGAAAGGAGAUACAGAGAAGCCAGUGCUAGGAAAAAAAUUCGGCUGGACCGAAAAUACGUCGUCUCCUGCAAGCAGACCGAGGUGCCGCUCUCCGUGCCCUGGGACCAAAGCAACAAGGUUUAUCUGAGCUACAACAACGUCUCUGCGCUGAAGAUGCUCGUGGCCAAAGCGAACUGGGCGCUCGCCAGAGAGAAGGAAAAGGUGCGGAUGUACACGCUGGAGGAGGACAAGUUCCUGUCCUUCCGCAUCGAGAUGUCCGUGUGCAUCCCGGCCAGCCGAGCCUUCUCCCUGCUCUCCAACCUGCGGCGCCGGCACGAGUGGGACAGCCACUACGUGAGUGCUGAGCUUGUCCAGAAGGUCGAUGACGACGACAUGAUCUACCACGUGGUGAGCCAGAAGCUCAGGAACGAGAACAAGCCGCAGGACUUCGUCAUCCUGGCGUCCCGGCGGAAGCCCUGCAGCAAGGGGGACCCCUAUGUAGUGGCCUUUCGCUCGGUGACGCUGCCCACGCACCCCGCCAGGCCCGAGUUCACGCGCGGGGAGACGCUCUGCUCCGGCUUCUGCAUCUGGCCGGAGUCACAGGAGAUGAGCAAGGUGGCUUAUUACAACCAGGCCAUGCCGGGGUACCUGACCUACGUCACCACCAACGUGGCGGGGCUGUCCUCAGACAUCUGCUCCACCUUCGAGGCCUGCGAGAAGUUCCUGCUGAAGAACAAGGAGGACCUGAUCUCACGGCUGCAGGACUUCUAGAGCCACGGCCCCCUGCUGACAGACGGACGGACAGACAGAUGAGGGGACACUUCUGUGGCGGAAGGGAACGUGGGACGGUGGCACCCAGACCCUGCCUCCCUGGGGGCUUUGGUCCCAUGGGCUGGGGUUUGGGGGGCAUUGCUGUACCACCUCAUCCCCUGCACUGAUGUGUCACACCUCUUCUUCUUUCUUUUUUAUUAUUUUAUUUAGAAAUUUUGUAAGCUGAUGUACAGGACGUGGUUUUCUAGUUCACUUAACGCUACUUGAAUCUUUGUAUGAUCCAAAAUCUUCCCAAGCCAGAUUUUUUUUUUUCAGUGGGACAUAACUGGUUCCUUUUGAGGCAGCAAAGGGAGAGAGGGGGCAGUGAUGUGGGGUGGCUGCUGUGCCCCUCCCUGGUGUAGGGGUGGCUGGUGGAACAUCCCACUCUCCCCAGUGCUGCUCAUUUUCCUGGGCAGGGCUGGCAAACAGCCCCUGCUCCUCCUGGGCUGAAAUCCCACCCCAUCAGCAGCAAUAGGAGUGUUUUGAAAGGACAGACAUCCCUAUCUGGGCUGAAAUCCCACCCCAUCAGCAGCAAUAGGAGUGUUCAAAAGGACAGACAUCCCUGUCUGCUCUGGGUGAGUGCCUGCUCCACGGGUUUGCUGUGUGGUGAGCUUGGAGCAGCAUCCUGCACUCACAGCCCAGCUCAGGUGGAGCUGGGGAAUUUUGAGGCAGGACUGUGCUGCAGGAAAGGGGUGGUUGAUAAGCAGAAGGAGCUCCUGCCCCUCUCCUCCAGUGGCUCCCAGCCCUGGGCUGGCUGUGGCCAUAAACCCCCAAUCUCUGCUCUAUCUCCCAUCAUAAACAUCUCAGCUCAAGGCCUGGCACGGCAACCUCCAAAAGAUAAAGGCAUCUUAGGCUGAACAUGGUACAAAACAUUCAAUUUUUAUAGAGCCCUCUUAUCUCCCAAAACUCAGAGCAAUCCUGCCUUUUUAUCACUGGGACAAGAGCCAUCCUUCCUACUCACCGUUAGGAAUUGCUGCUGCUUGAUUAAAGUGGAGGGCAUGAUGUAUUUGCCUGAACAUUAAACUCUAACUGACCUCUCC